CCUGCUGUCAGACACAGAUGAGAACGCAGCGCCGGUCGGAUCAUCUGGUUUCUGGUCCUCGGGGAGCGGCGGACCAAUGGAAGCGCAGCGGAGAAGAAAUAAUUGUGUUGUAAUUUAAUCCGCCGGAGAGGCGACGUGUGCGGAGCCGCGGAACCAGCCCGCAAAGUUCACAGCGGCUCCACAAACUGCGCGACAGUCACAACGAUGCAAACAGCAGCGGCGGAACCCGCGAGCCGGAGGAGCGUCUUCAGAGGAGCCGCGGAGCGCGACCAGCUCCUCUGAGGAUCAUCCUCCCUCAACUGGAUCUACGAAUACCUCUUCCAUCCCGCUGCCCACCCUGAAGCCAGCAUGCCCAUCAUCAGCAACGCCAACCACGACUUCAGCACCUACUCAAUCAGCAGCGACGACAGCAGCCUCGACCGAUUCUUCACCGAGAUCCCGGAGACCGAGACCAUCAAGGGCGUCUACUUCCAGCGCGCCCAGCUGCUCCGUGACCCCAAGGCCUCGUACGCCGUCGACCACGCCCUGCAGGUUCUCAUCAAUGUCGGGGGCAACCGCUACACCUUCCCCUGGAGCACCUUGGAGCAGUUCCCCCAGAGUCGCCUGGGACGCCUGCGUUUCUGCACCACCCCCGAGGAGAUCGCGCGACUCUGCGACGACUACGACGAGACCUGCCAGGAGUACUUCUUCGACCGAAACCCGACGGCGUUCAGGGUCAUCCUCAACUUCUUGGCGGCGGGGAAACUGCGUCUGCUCCGGGAGCUGUGCGCCGUGUCGCUGCACGACGAGCUCGACUACUGGGGCGUGGACCCGGGCCACAUGGAGCGCUGCUGCCGCCGCCGCAUGAACGCCCGCGUGGAGGAGGUGGCCGAGCGGGAGCGCAAGGAGCAGCAGUGGAGGCAGAAAAGGGUGAUGCUGAAGAAAAGCACCACGGAGAUCAAACAGGGCUACCACAAACUGACCUGGAUGCUUCGAGAGGUGGUGGAAAACCCUCAGUCGGGGUUCGCCGCCAAGAUGUUCGCCUGCCUCUCGGUGGUCAUGGUGCUGGUCACCGUCAUCAGCCUGUGCAUCAGCACCAUGCCAGACCUCAGAGAUGAAGAGACCAGGGGCGAGUGCUCCCAGAAGUGCCAGAGCAUGUUCGUGGUGGAGUCCAUCUGCGUGGCGUGGUUCACUCUGGAGUUCCUGCUGCGCUUCGUCAACGCCCGGAGUAAGCUGGCCUUCGCCCGCGGCCCCCUCAACAUCAUCGACGCCAUCGCCAUCCUGCCCUACUACGUGUCCCUGGUCGUGGACGUCAGGGACGGGUCGCGGGACGACGUGGUCGUCGUGGCCGCCGGCAGAGGCUACCUGGACAAGCUGAGCCUGAUCCUGCGCCUGCUGCGCGCCCUGCGCAUCCUCUACGUGAUGCGCCUGGCCCGCCACUCGCUGGGCCUGCAGACGCUGGGGAUGACCAUGCAGCGCAGCAUCAGGGAGUUCGGCCUGCUGCUGCUGUUCGUCUGCGUGGCCGUGACCCUCUUCUCGCCCCUGGUGCACCUGGCGGAGAGCGAGCUGGCGCCGUUCGCUGCCACGCACCCCCAGCACAGCUUCAGCAGCAUCCCGGCCUCCUACUGGUGGGCCAUCAUCUCCAUGACCACGGUGGGGUACGGCGACAUGGUGCCGCGCAGCAUCCCCGGACAGAUGGUGGCGCUGACCAGCAUCCUGAGCGGCAUCCUCAUCAUGGCGUUCCCCGCCACCUCCAUCUUCCACACCUUCUCCCGCUCCUACCAGGAGCUGAAGCAGGAGUACGAGCAGCUGUGGAAGGAGGAGCGGGGCGAGGAGAUCGCCGCCGAGUGGGAGGAGAGUCGGUCCAAGGUCGAUUUCUCCCCAAACAGGUUCAAGGGAAACGACGGCGGGCUGAUCUCAAGCAAGAGACUCCAAACGCCGGUUCCACCGACGGCGUUCUAGCGGCGCUUUCAUUCCCCGGUGACGUGUUAGAAAGGGUGAGGACGUACUCGGCCCUGUAGAAGCACAUUUAGAGCUAUAGACUGUUACAGUGUUAUUGUCUGUUUGUGUCCUGGAUUCACGCUUUAAUACAUCAAACUGUGUGACGGCCGUCAGGUUAAACUAAGCUUUCUUUUCAAAUCCGCAAAUAAAACCUUUACUUACUGAAUUCAUCUUUUUGUGUAAGAAUAUACAUAUUUCAUCACACAGCUAUGUGCAUAUUUCUACUAAUAAUGACACAUGUAUUGGAUAUAUAUGAUAUAACAACUACUAGUAUUGGUAGGAGACACAAUGUCUAUAAUAGGGGCAUUGAUUAGGCUUUAAGGCAAAGAAGUGUGUUAGCCUGCCUUGCUAACACGUUAGCACCGAUUCACACGAGAUGUCAGAUUUCUGGUUAUUUUACAAGCGGUUCCAGCUUGCAUCAGCCAUCUUUUUCACAUUGGGCUGGAUUUAUUUUUUAAUAUUUUGAUAUUGUUUGCAGAUUUAAUGAGGAAUUAGUGAAAAGGUUAAAGGUGGAUGAAAAUGUGGGAGUGAGACAAAAAUACAGAGGAACAAAUACAAGCACAAACAACGUCACUUUACCCAAAAUGUAACCGUUUGCUUAGUGUUCGUAUUUCAAUUACACGUCUGAAGAAUGCGUUGCUCUUAUGGAUGUUGAGAGUGUCCUUAAACGCAUCGCCAUGCUGCACAAGUGAUGAUGACAGAGUCAUAGAGAGACGUUUCACAGCACAUGUGUCCCGUCUCGGUCGAUGUUUCAUUUUAAGUGGAUUUGCGUUCCCUGUCUGGAAGGAAGGAGAGUGAUUCAAACACCUUCGAUAUGCUGAGGAGAAGCCGUGUAUUUGAUGGAGCUUUAAUGAGCAGUUCAAUGUCAUUCGUUUUGCUUGUCUCGCUCUUUUCCCAAACAGGCAAACUGACAAUAAACUAUUGCUUCUAUUUCUAACUGCCGUAGUGUGAGAAUGGCUUAUUCACAAAGUAAUAGUUCUCUCACUGGAGCUCCCGACCAUAAAGCACAAGUUCAACUAAAACAUCCGACAAGCAGCUUUAAAGCCGUACUCAAGUACUUGAGUAAAUGUACUUACUUACAUUCCGUCCUCUCUGCCACCUGUUUGCGGUUCCUGUUUUUCCAUGUGACAGAAUUAUUAUUUGAAUGAAGGCCGUGGCCGGUUUGUCUCGUGAUGCUGACAGAUGGACAGUUCUUAAAGAGCCUCUUCACUGCUGGCACCAUCACUUCCACUCAGACCACAAACAAUGGAGACAUUAUGAAUUCACCAACAGGCCCCUGUUAUCCGACUCCUCCUCCUUUCUGAGUCUAACAUGGCAAAGAAUGGAAAUACUGAAGGAAAGUACUUCGUUAUUGUACUCGAGCAACUUCAACCUGUUGCAGUUACCAUUUCCCUUUUUAAAUGAUAUGUUAUUCUGUAUAAACUUUAAACAGUCACAGAGUCGUUUCCUCGGCCUUCGACUUUAUUCCUUCAAAAUAAGGAGAGCAGAACAUUUAAUGGAAAAAUAAAGCUUUUAUUAUGAAAGGGCUUGUACAGUAGCAAUAAUACAUCUUCCUGUUGUCUCUGAAAGUGAUAAAUCAAAACACAGCAGCUGUUUGCAGAGUGAUGAAUAUUUGACUCACGUCCUCCGUGUUUGACAUGUAAUAAAAGAAGAAGCUAUUUCACAUUAGCUCUUAAAAUGCGGCUCCCCUCAAACAAAGUGCGUUUUCUGUGUCAUCAUCACUUUGGUGAUUCGGUUGUGUUUUGCUUGUCAUCACGAUGCACAAAGGAGCGGAUCGUCGGUUGGUGUUUGGGAUGUGAAAUACUAGUAGUGCUAGCCUUAAAAUGAGCCAAUUGUGUCUUUGCCCAUUUUAAGUCAGGAUCGAUGCAAAACUGCCUCUUCUCAGUUGUGAUUCUGCAAGAAACACACAUAGUGUACAUUGUUAGUAACACACACAUAGUGUACCUUGUGUAGUGUACUUGUAUUUGUACCUGAAAGUCAGUUAAUAAUUUAUGUUUUCUGCUAAUGUUUCGCUAAAAGGAAAUAUUGUAUAACUUAUAUCUAUUAAACAUUCCAGUUGAAUUUU